CUUUCACUCUUCGACUUCUGAACUAUUCUUCAUACUGCUCUCAGUAAAUCACCAUGGGCACGGGAAAGAAAGAGGCUACCCGCCGCGUGCGGCAGGGUAAGACUGGCGAUGGCAUGGCCAAUGUACGGACCAAGGGCGAAAACUUCUAUCGCAGUGCCAAAAAGGUCAAGACGCUCAAUAUGUUCAAAGAGGGCAAAGCGAUUCGAAACGCCCAAGGAGACGUCGUCAAGGCUGCAUCCUUUCAAAGUCGCGACAAACCCAGUGCUCGUAUUGAGCCCCAUCGAAAGUGGUUUACGAAUACACGUGUCAUCUCACAAGACGCAUUGAACGCCUUCCGAGGAGCGGUCGAGGCGCAGAGUAAAGACCCGUACAGCUUUUUACUGAAGCAAAACAAAUUGCCGAUGAGCUUGAUCCACGACAACAAGGACAAAGAACGGAAAGACGGACUCAUCCAACACCAGGCCAAGAUCAAGAUUGAGACGGAGAAAUUCGGCGACACGUUCGGACCCAAGGCGCAGAGAAAGAGACCCAGGCUGGCAGUGUCCAGCUUGGAAGAUUUCGCUUCAGCCACCAGUCAGGACUUUUCGGCAUUUGAGGAAAAGCAGGAAGAAGCUCGUCUACUAUCUGGCAUGGGUGAAGCGGAGCAUGAAGCCUCAACAGAUCCUCGAAACGCAGAUGGACAAUCAGCGACUGCACGCGAACCUGUCUUUUCCAAGGGUCAGAGCAAACGGAUCUGGAACGAGCUCUACAAGGUAAUUGACAGCUCAGAUGUCAUCGUUCACGUUCUUGAUGCCCGUGAUCCACUCGGAACAAGAUGUCGCAGUGUGGAGAAAUACAUACGGGACGAGGCUCCGCACAAACAUUUAUUGUUCCUCCUGAACAAAUGCGAUCUGGUCCCGACCAGUGUAGCGGCCAGAUGGGUAAAGCUCCUCUCUCGCGACUACCCAACACUCGCAUUCCAUGCUAGCAUGACGCACAGUUUCGGCAAGGGAACGCUUAUUUCGCUGUUGCGGCAAUUUUCGUCUCUACAUGCCUCUCGCAAACAAAUUUCAGUUGGGUUCAUCGGAUAUCCCAACACAGGCAAAUCUUCAAUCAUCAACACUCUGCGCAAUAAAGAGGUCUGCACCACGGCGCCUAUACCUGGAGAAACCAAAGUAUGGCAGUAUAUCACAUUGAUGAAGAGAAUCUACCUCAUCGAUUGUCCUGGCAUUGUGCCACCCUCCAUGACAGACUCACCGGAAGACAUUCUCUUGCGAGGAGUAGUCAGAGUUGAAAACGUGGAAUACCCGGCGCAAUACAUUCCCGCUGUUCUAUCGAAGUGUCGCACACACCAUCUGGAAAGGACAUACGAUAUCAAAGGCUGGAGUACUAACGUUGAGGAGGGGACUGAGAAGACCGAAAAGCAAAAAACGGAAGAGGCUGUCAACUUUCUGGAAGCUCUUGCCCGCAAAGGUGGUCGACUUCUGAAGGGAGGCGAAGCAGAUUGUGAUGGUGUGGCGAAAAUGGUGCUUAAUGAUUUCUUGAGAGGUAGAAUCCCUUGGUUCUCGCCACCACCGCCCUCUGCAGAGGCAGAAAACAAAGACGAAGGACGGGAUGAGAAGUUAGGUUUCACGCAUAAGAAACGAAAGCGAGAUUUCGAAAGUGAGGGUCAAGGAGGAGGAGGAAGCGACGCUGCCGAGAGUGAGGACGAGGCUGAAGACGACAAUUUCGAAGGGUUUGAUGAUGAGGCCGAAGAUGACGAGGACGAAGACGAUGCGGAGGAUGGCGACGGUGGCGUGGCCAUUGACAAUGAUGAGGCAUCUUCAUAGUAGCAUUUGCAUGGCAUGAUUUCAUGAGGC